AGUUACCAGGGUUCGUCGUUGCGGAAAUCGUAAAGUAGCCUUUCUAAAUUAUACAGAAGGCUUUUCAGAGACCCAAAUUCAGAGGGCCAAGAUAUUUAUCACUAGUGGUGACAUACGCUAGGGCGAAUAUGUAAUUCACUUUCAAUAAAGAUCAGUGUAUAUAUUUUUUGCAAACAUAUCCGAUAUAUGCAGUAUGGGGGUAAUUGUUAAACUAUACGAGUACAUCCAAGAUCUCGUAGCCGAAAGGCCUGAAGUUUUUUUGGCGUUCGCCUUGGUUUUAUGCGUUCAACUCCGGAUACUUGGGACACGGACUCCCACGUAUGAAAGUCAAUCUUUCAAAAAUUCUACGCUUGCAGCAGAUAUCCAGGAGGCAGGAGCGGCUGUAGAUGAUGAAGUAGCCGAUGCAGACCACUCGGAAGAACCGGAGGAGCAUGUGCCCUACCAACCCAUCCGGUACACUGAGCAAGAGAUGGUCGAGCGGUCACGUGCACACUACACACUGAUGAACAACCGUCGAUCUGUGCGUGACUUUAGUACUGAGGAUGUCCCAAGGGAAGUGAUUGAUAACAUCAUCCGUGUGGGCGGAACUGGGCCUUCGGGGGCGCACACAGAGCCUUGGACGUACGUUGUGGUCCGAAGCGCAGAGAAGAAGCGAGAGAUCCGGGAGAUAAUCGAGGCGGAGGAGAAGGUCAACUACGCCAGGCGGAUGGGCGAAAAAUGGGUCGACGAUCUCUCACACAUCGGCACCACGUGGUCUAAGCCUUACCUGGAGGAGUGUCCCUACAUCAUCAUCGUGUUCAAGUCGGCCCACAGCAAGAAUCCCGAUGGGUCCAAAAAGAUCCACUACUAUCACGAGAUCAGUUCGUCAAUAGGCGUUGGCUUCCUACUCGGUGCUGUGCAGAACGCUGGUCUGUGCUCGGUCACCACUACGCCCAUGAACGCUGGCCCUAAGCUGCGUGCUGUCUGUGGCCGUCCUGAGUCGGAGAAGGUGCUGGUGCUGCUGCCCGUAGGCUAUCCUCGAUCGGACGCCACUGUACCAGAUCUGCACCGCAAGCCAUUGAACGAUAUCAUGGUGGUAGUGUAGUGUGACUGUGGCUGUAAAUACAUCGGACCCAGUGGAGCUGUGCUUACGACACGUCAUAUUAUGUGUAUUGGAGAGGGGAGAACACAGUCCACACUCCAAACACAUGUGCUUGUGAUGCGGGACUCUUCGCGCAGCGUUGAUAUUGAGCAAUGUCUAUCACUUUAGCAUUAAACGAUCUUGCCAUUCCUGA